CACUGGCCUGCACGUAAACGUUGAAGUCGUGUUUAAAAGCUACUGUGCUGCGAAUAUCAGGACCUGGUUCAUAUGCGCAUCAAUUGGAAUAACGAAGCUUGAUUAUUACUUUUUUUUCUUUCUGAACGAUGGCACUGAGAAUAUCUACCACCUUCAUGUCAUCAAGAUGGCGAUUGUUUUGUGGACUGCGACGGCAAACAGGACUGCUCAUGUUGCUGCUACAUGCGAUUUGCAUGGUAGGUGGUCAGAUUCGUUAUUCUAUCCCAGAGGAGAUGAAGAAGGGCUCGGUCAUCGGUAAUGUGGCGCAAGAUCUGGGUUUGGAUCUGAAAAGGCUCCGUUCUGGGCGGGCCCGUAUCGUGACCGGAGAAAACAUCCACUACACCGAGCUGAAGACGGACAAAGGGAUUCUAGUCGUGAACGAGAGAAUAGACCGAGAGCAGCUGUGUGGAGACGUGACACCGUGCAGCUUCAGCUUUGAGGUGAUUUUAGAAAAUCCAAUCGAACUGCACAGAAUAACUGUCGAGGUUUUAGAUAUUAACGAUCACGCUCCCGUCUUCCAAAAUAAAGAUAAACCUAUCAAUUUUGAAAUUAGUGAAUCGACUGUCGUGGGAGUACAGUUUCCACUGCAGAGUGCAGAGGAUCUUGAUGUGGGACUGAACGCGUUGCAAGAUUAUGUUUUGUCGCCGAACGACAAUUUCAUUUUGAAGCAACAUGCAAACCCCGAUGGAAGUAGAUAUGUUGAAAUGGUUCUCCAGAAGCCGUUAGACCGAGAACAGCGGCCCCGUUUGUCUCUCAAACUAAUCGCAGUCGACGGCGGAACACCACAGAGAUCUGGUACAGUAAAUAUAGAUAUCACUGUGCUAGAUGCAAAUGACAAUAUUCCAGUUUUCAACCAAUCUGUGUAUAAAGCUUCUGUGAUGGAAAACACAAUUAAAGGCACACGGAUUAUCACAGUAAAUGCCACAGACGCGGACAGUGGUUCAAAUGGAUUCAUAAAUUACAGGUUGUCUAACAUGAAAGGAAGCACAGCGGAUAUAUUCAGUAUUGAUGAAAACACCGGAACAAUUUCUGUGUCUGGUCCAAUAGAUUAUGAAAAAGACAAAAAGUACGAGGUGAGGGUUGAGGCAAGGGAUCAGGGUGGUCUAACUGGGACAAGCAAGGUUAUAUUUGAUGUUAUCGAUGUCAACGACAAUUCCCCCGUUAUAAAUGUUAUGUCAUUUUCCAACCCUCUGUCUGAGGAUUCGCCACUUGGAACAACCGUUGCUGUUUUUAACGUAAAAGAUGUAGAUUCUGCCAAAAAUGGGCAAAUAAAAUGUUCCAUCGAUGGUAAACUUCCGUUUAAAAUCGAGUCCUCUCUAACAAACUACUACAAUUUAAUCUCAGAUCAACACUUUGAUCGAGAAUCCUUGUCAGAAUAUAAUAUAACAAUAACAGCCACGGAUUUUGGGUCUCCCCCACUUUCUAGUUCAACAAAAUUACACCUUAAAAUCUCUGACGUCAACGACAACGCACCAUUGUUUGAUAAAAGCAGCUACUCUGCUCACAUCACAGAGAACAAUUCCCCCGGAGUUUCAAUAUUUGCUGUCAAAGCGAGAGACUCUGACUGGAAUCAAAACGCCAGAAUCUCAUAUCUUCUAGAAGAAACACAGGUCAGUGGAAGUCCAGUUUCUACUUAUCUGGCGUUAAACUCUGAAACUGGAGUUCUUAGUGCGGUUCGCUCCUUCGACUAUGAGCAGAUUAAACAUCUUGAGUUAGUCAUCAAAGCUCAGGACGGAGGCUCUCCUCCUCUCAGUAGUAACGUGACAGUGAAAGUACUGAUCCAGGACCAGAACGACAACCCCCCUCAGGUCCUGUACCCAGUCCAGACUGGUGGCUCUCUGGUGGCUGAGAUGGUGCCUCGUUCAGCAGAUGUGGGCUAUCUGGUCACUAAAGUGGUGGCUGUUGAUGUGGACUCUGGACAGAAUGCCUGGCUCUCCUACAAACUGCAGAGAGCCACCGACAGGGCGCUGUUUGAAGUGGGCUCACAGAAUGGAGAAAUCAGAACGAUCCGUCAAGUGACUGAUAAAGAUGCAGUGAAACAGAGACUGACUGUGAUAGUGGAGGACAACGGGCAGCCCUCUCGUUCAGCUACAGUCGUUGUUAACGUGGCGGUGGCGGACAGCUUCCCUGAAGUGCUGUCGGAGUUCACUGACUUUACUCACGACAAGGAGUACAACGACAACCUGACUUUUUACUUAGUGUUGGCUCUGGCUGUAGUCUCCUUCCUCUUCAUCACGUGUCUAGUGGUUAUUAUCUCAGUGAAGAUCUACAGGUGGAGACAGUCUCGCGUCCUGUAUCACUCCAAUCUCCCUGUGAUUCCAUAUUAUCCACCACGUUACUCAGACACUUUGGGGACAGGGACUCUCCAACACGUGUACAACUACGAGGUGUGCAGGACGACUGACUCCAGAAAGAGUGACUGUAAGUUCGGCAGAGCUGGUAGUCAGAACGUGCUGAUCAUGGAGCCCAGUUCUUCAGGGACGGUGCAGAGGAUGCAGAGUGAAAAGAGCAUCCUGGAUGAACCAGACUCUCCUCUAGAGGUGAGUUCCCAUAAACAUGACUUUCAAUUCGCGCCUCUAUGCUUGUCUCCCUCGUUGUUAUAUAUUUGCUCUAAGAAGGUUUUAUACACUAAGCUAUGA